AUGGGAAGAAGUGGGAAUGUAUUUUGGGGGGUAUUGGUAUUUGGUGGUCUAACCGUCUUAGCGUUGAUACCAUUCACAUUCUACCUUAUCAACUCACUUUCACCAACUAUCAUCCACGGUCUCUCACUUGCCAAAGUCACUGGUGAAUCAGUUGAGUCGUCGACAAAUCAGGCGAUCAAGGUCAGAGUGAGGGUAGGACCGUCAGGCGGAUGCGUAUGGUCGAAUCUGACCCAAACUACCUCCUGUGUCUCUCAUAUACCUUACAAACCCACUCCUGAAUCAAUCCAUCUACCAAACAACGAAAGUAUCACCUCAUGUUUCCCUAUCGCUCUGGGUAAAGCAUUAGCUUUGAACCACGUUACUACUGCGUUCAUGGGUUUGAGCAUACUGGCUAUAUUGGUGGAUUGUCUAAUCUUGCAAGGAGGUAUCUCCCUAGCCAUAGUCUACUUGAUGGUCCUGUUCAUGUGGAUCACCUUCAUCCUCGAAACGAUAUACAUCAGUGUCCUUCAUAAACGUCUCGAUAAGAUUAAUCAAGGUGAUAACGAAAAUGGGAAUUGGGAAUACAAAGUUGGAGAAGGAUAUUGGUUCAUUCUGGCUGCUACAAUUCUAGUAUCGUUAGUCACUUGCGGUGGGAAUUUCACUAUUGAUAGUAAUUGA